AUGCUGAUGAUUAUCAUAAUCAUCGUUGGCCUCUCUUCUUCUUUUGUUGAUGCUCCAGCUCGUCGUGGCCGUGUCCUUGGCCAAUCUUCUUCUUCUUCUGGUGAUGCUCCAACUCGUCGUGGCCGUGUUCUUAGAACCAAACUCGUGCAUUACUUAUCGCAUGAGUCCCCAUACUAUGACCCAACCAUAUCCCCAGAAGAAGCCUCCCGCCUCGACCGGGACUUCUCCGCCUCCCGAUUCUCCUACCUCGCUGCUGCUGCCGCCGCCACCACAACAACAUCCAUCGUCGAGACACCGCUCCAGCCCACCAAUGAGAGCUCCGCUUUUCUCGCUCGCGUGCAUGUCGGCACCAACAACGACGACCAACGCGACAUGUUUAUCAUAGUCGACACUGGCUCGGGCCUGAUGUGGGUUCAGUGCAACCCAGACAACUACUACGCUCCGGCACCGGUGUUCGACCCCAAACGCUCCUCCACCUUCCGCAAGGAGAUGUGCAACGACCCGGCCAGCGCCUGCUCUCCUAGUUACGGAUGGGUCACUUGCGAUUACAAGUACUGCAGGUUCGAAAUCGCCUACGUCAAGGGAGAGUGUAGAGGUUACCUUGGCCGGGAGACAUUAGAGUUCGAACCCCUCGAUAACAACAACAACGAGGAGGAGGCCGAGAGGUUCGUUCUCGAGAACAUCACCUUCGGCUGCGCCACUAUUUCUACUUUAAGAAUCGAUGGCGUGUUAGGACUCAACGCUAAUCGCGUCUCCCUCAUCUCCCAGACGAGGUCCUCGCGCUUUGCCUACUGCAUCGGCAACAUCAGCGACCCCACGUACCCUUACAACAUACUGAUUUUAGACGAUAAGGAAGAGAUCGGGCUCCACGGCACCCAAACAACCCUCAUCGUCAACAACCAUUACUACAUCUACCUCGAGGGCAUCACGGUCGGAGGUCAAAACGUCAUGGGAUUCGAUUUCCGCAUGUCGAUGCUAAUGGACUUGGGCGCAACCUACACCUUACUACCCAUGGGGUUGCUCAAGAAGCUCGAGGCUGCAGUCGCGGACGUGAUUGGAGGGACCCUUACUAGGACCUACUCGAUUAAGUUCAACAAGUCGUACACGCUGUUGUGCUAUGUAGGGUUUGUGGGCAGGGACCUGGCCGGGUUCCCCGUUGUGGAAUUCAAGUUCAACGGAGGUGCCGUGCUCGAGCUCUCCGCUGAAAACAUGUUCAGGGACGACGGGGAUGGCAAUUUCUGCCUCACGGCAGCCACAUCUGAGCAGCAUGACUUUGAAUUCGGCGUCCUGGGGAACUACAUGCAGCAAUACUAUUACGUUGCCUUUGAUCUCACGGAGAAUCAGCUCUCUUUCCAAAGGAUGGAGUGUGAUGUUUUACAAAACGAUUAA